AUGCGUUCGUUGAAUGUUGGCAUAUUGGGACACGUGGAUUGCGGCAAAACGACGUUGACGAAACGGCUUGCGCAGUUGGCUUCGACGUCGGCGUUUGAUAAGCAUGCGGAGGCGGGUGGAAGGCGGAACACGCUGGAUUUGGGCUUUUCCUCAGUGAUCAUCGCUGAUCGCCGAAUCGCCUUAAUCGACUGUCCCGGCCAUUCGGCGCUGAUUCGAGCGGUGCUGGCAUCCAGUAAUGUGUUCGAUAUGGCAAUAAUGGCGCAAACCGCCGAGCAUCUUUUGCUCGUCUCGAUUUUCUGCCCCCGAAAUUUAAUAAUAGUGCUCAAUAAAAUUGAUUUGAUCGAAGCUGCCGAGAUUGAAAAUGUAAAAAAGAAAUUGAGAAGGGGUCUCAAAACGGUGGGAGUCGAUGAGAAAUGCGCGAUUGUUGAAAUGUCGCUGCAUGACGAUCAUUUUCAACAAGAGAGACUCGAUGUGUUAAAGGUUGCCAUUGAGGAAAAAUUGUUCGAGCCGGAAAGAUUCGUAGAAAAGCCACUUUUAGUAGCCAUUGACCAUUGUUUUUCGAUAAAAGGCAAAGGCACAAUCCUAACGGGAAGUGUGAUUCAAGGAAAAUUGAACAUCGGGCACGACAUCGAAUUUCCGUGCUUGAACGAGACGCGCCGCGUGAAAACAUUGCAGUGCUGGAAGGAGAAUGUGAAUGCGAUUGAGGCCGGCGAACGCGCGGCGAUGAUGGUCUCGAAUUUUGACGAGACGAAAUUUUCGAGAACAAUUGGUUCGUCCCCCGGAUACCUUCAAUCUAUAAAAGAAUGCCUCGCAAGUGUGAAUCCUAUCACAUUUUUUCGUUCCGCUGUCAAAUCGAAGACGAAAAUGCACAUUUCCAUCGGAUAUGAAACAAUAAUGGCCGAAUGCCAAUUUCUGCGGGAUUUUGGCGAUGAAUUUGAGCAGCUUUCUGAAAUGGAGGCGCCUUGUGUGGUACUUUUGAAGUUUGAGAAGCCGGUUCACGUCUGUCCAGAUUCGUCAACGUUUUUCAUGGCUUCUCGACUCGAUCAGAAUGGGAAAGGAUGCCGAUUUGCAUUUACCGGCGUUGUGCAAAAAAUUUUGUCUGAAAAUGACCAAAUUCCAAGAUUUUCGAGAAAAUGUCGAACGGGUAUUAUCGAACGUGUUGAAAACGACGGGUUUAGCGCAAUUUGUACGGGAAUGUUCAAACCGGAAACGAAUUUCGACGUUUUUCGCGAUAUGAAGGUGACAACUUCCGACGGCACAAUUGGCCGAAUUGAGGGCGCAUUCGGCAAAAAUGGCAAAUUUCGCGUGAUUUUCGACGCCAAAAUUGCGCCAAAACAGGAAAUUGAGCUGAACAUGAAGAAAUACCUUCACCAGAAUUUAAUUAAAAGCUAUUUGAAAUAA